CUACGCGACGCGGGCCGGUUUCUCUAGCGUGUGGCGCCCUCUGGCGGUAGCCGGGCUUCGAUGCCACGGCCUGACCGGAGUGUCCGCCAUGGAGUCGCAGAAAGAGGCGCGAAUACUCCAGGAGCCCGUCGCGCGGCCUCCUGGGGCCUCAAGGUCUCAGACGCCGAACGCCAAGGAGGGGCAGGAGGGCGGCCCAGUGCCGGCGACGGCUGCCCUGGGCUCAGAGACGGACGACGACAGUGCGGACGGGCUGUGGGAGCUGCCGGUGGAGCCGACCAAACGGAGGCCCGAGUGCAGCCGCUGCAGCCGGCCUCAGAAAGUGUGUUUGUGUCCAUUUCUCCCAGCGCACCCUCUGCAUAUCUCUACCCACUUGUACAUAAUUCAGCAUCCAGCAGAGGAAAACAAAGUGUUGCGUACAGUUCCUCUACUAGCAGCAUGCCUGCCCCAGGACAAGUGUAAAGUAAAGAUUGGUCGUCGCUUCAGUGAAGAAAGAGAUCCUGAACUUUCAACUGUUUGCCGGAAGUCUGGUACAUUAAUAUUAUAUCCGGGGGCUGAAGCUGCUAAUUUGGAAGAAUUUAUAUUAGAUUCUCCUGUUUAUCCUUCUACAAUCAUCAUCAUUGAUGGUACAUGGAGCCAGGCUAAGGACAUUUUCUAUAAGAAUUCCUUGUUCCGACAUCCCAAACAGCAAGAAGACUUCCAUUUGCAAGCCAGGAAGAGAGCUCUCACCAGGACCGUGACCAUGCAGGUGCAGUUAAAAACUAGCAUUUCUAGUCAGUAUGUAAUUCGGAUGCAACCGACUAAUAGAUGUCUUUCUACACUGGAGUGUGCAGCUGUUGCUCUUUCCAUCUUGGAGAAAAAUAAUUACAUACAAGAGACUUUGCUUCGCCCUCUUCAAGCUUUAUGCUCUUUUCAACUUCAGCAUGGUGCCCAAAUUCGCCUCAGCAAGGAACACCUUCUGAAAAAUGGAUUAUAUCCUAAACCAAUGCCAAAGAACAAACGCAAACUCAGGAAAAUGGAAUUGUUAAUGAAUAGUGUUAAAAUUUAGUACAGUUAUUCUUUUGGUGCUAGCUUACCUGUCUUCAUCUAACAAUACCAAGUUAAGUUUUCAUAUAGUUUAGGUCUGUAGGUUUUUGACUUGCUAAAGAAGAAUGAGAAUUGCAUACUAAUCUUACCCAGAAGAAGGAAGUAAACCAAAUAUUCAUAAAAACAAAUAAACAAAAAUUCACUGGCUCACUGAAAAGCAGGAUUUCAUGUUGUACUUGUUUUUAAAAAUGUGCCUCUAAUACAUGUUUUCAAACCCAAAAUUAAAAUGUAAUCCGUUGUUGAGAUGGGUUAGAAAUUCUUAAUUGUAAAAUAGAAGGAAAUUGUUGUAGUGGA